AUGUCAGACAUCGACAAGAGACCGGGAACCUUCUCACCGUGGUGGUUCAACCGAAUAACCACUCUUGAUGAGCUCGACGAGUGCCUACGGAGCGACCAGUUCUCCUUCGUGGCGUUGGACACCGAGUUCAUCGCCAUGAACCACAGAACCUCAGCCGAGGUGCUCCAGUCAGUGACGACGAAACCUUUCGAGCCAUGCACUGAAGUUGGCCUCUCGUUCCUUCUGACUCUCCAUCCUUCGCAACAUGCGCAUACCCAAGCACCCGAGUGUACCGAUCUGGACACCUAUGUCGACGGCGUCGUGGAAGGCUUCAAGCGAGAGGCUGGCGGAAGACCCCUGAUGGUUGUAGGCUUCAGCCUAUUUAACGACCUCCGGCGGAUGUACGGCGAAUUCCCCCGAGCCGGACGGCAUUUUGCGGCCUGCGUUGACCUCGACAAGGUGCUUCAAAAUGCGAGGUCCUCCAGAACGCCUGGCAUGGGACUCGGCACUUCCCUGGCCAAAUUGGGAUAUCCGUAUAGCGAAUGCGCUGAUCAAUGGGGAUUGCCUCGCUGGAAUGGGAAGCAUUGCGCCGGCAUCGACGCCGUCAGGGUUUUUGCUCUGCUCGAAGGUCUGAAGUCAAUGGAUGAUAAGCUCGAGGGAAGCCUGCGUUUGAAUCCCAGCAGGACAAAGGAUCGGAGUGGUCCACUACUGCGUAUCUGGGAAUGCGCCGCCGAUCACUUAACUCGCCGGUACACUGCGAAAGUGGUUGCAGUAGGGGGUGGGGGAUUGCCCCCCAGCAUCGACUCUAUAUUCAAGCUUUCGUGCUACGUCCAAGCAGCCGGACACGACCCGUUCAUAGUCGCAGGAUAUGGGAACACUUACGACCGCGGGAUACACUCAUUUGGAAAACGUACCACACUGACUCGGCGAGAAGGCGGCUGGGUGAUCUUCGACAACGAGGCAGGUCUUGACAAGUUUGUGUCAGACAUGAACGGGAAAGCCGUCGACGCCGAGCGCUUGGAAGUGAUGAGUCUCCUAGACCCAGUCAAGCGGCAUGCUUUCGCAGAGGAGCAGAUGGAAAAGAAACUGCGGAGGGAGCAAAAGAGAAAUUGCACGCUGGCCCGGGCCCAGGCGCAGGCCCAGGGUCCAGCCAGCGAGGAGGACGAUGGCCCAAUGUACCUCGACAGUCUUGUGGACGAGUAA